AUGAAUUCUCAUGGCAAAGCUCACGCCGAGGUAUGGGACGACUCUGCCCUGGUGGAUUCGUGGGACGAAGCGGUUAAUGAGUACAAGAAAUAUCACGGGGUACAAGCUCGAGGUGAGAACGUAGAGGAAUUGCUGAGAGCACACACGAAGCAGAGUAAUGGAGUGUCAGUUCACCUUUUGUACUGUAAGUUUGCGCAAAAAGCUUACAGGGUUUUAGCAGCGAGGAUGAGGGUGAGAGACAAGUACUCUGGCCCCAAUGAAAUGCCAGGGCAGGCACCGGAUAGCGGAGUGAAGAAGGGUCCAGCACUGCCACAACAUCUCAUCGGUCAAGUUCAUGACAACAACCUGAAGAGCCUUUUGAUGUCGUGGUACUAUGCAGGCUACUAUACUGGUCUCUACGAGGGACAGCAACAACAGGGAACCCAAACCUCGCAUGGCAAGCCUGGAAAUUGA